AUGUUCUUUAUGAAAACAUGUGCAUUUCGCAUACCUGAUGGAUCAUUGAUAAAAACUGGAUUAUUUUAUACGGAUGAUAUGACAAAUUCCUUGUGUCACGAUAUGAAACCAUGCCAACGAUUAUUUUGUACUUUAUGUCAAGCAAAAAAUGAUUCAGAUUCUGCUAGUUGUACUACAAUUGAAUUUUCAACAUCAGGACAGAAACAUCGUUUUGUUAAUGGCUAUGAAGCUGUACUAAAUUGUCCAGCAAAUUGUCAAACAAAUAAUAUAAUUUAUGUUUUAACAUGUGCCUGUGGUGAAUAUGACUAUAUUGGCUCAACACGAUAUUCAUUAAAUGAGGUCAUUGAAUACCAUCGACAACAUGUCAACCGUCUGAUUAUUGAAUAUUUAUUAAACGGCGAACCGUUUCCGGUUCUAUGUACAUGUACCGAAAAUGAAAUUGAGAAACGGCGUGCAAAUAAAAAGCGUCUUUAUCAACAUAUUACACAUUGUACAAAAGCUUUACAAUUAUUUCUCGAAUAUAAUCCUCAAUAUUGGUCAUUCGUUCCCAUGAAAGUAAUUGAUGCACAAUACGAUGAUUUAUCUUACAGAAAUAUAUCAGAUGUCAUUCGGAAAGAAGAUUCAAUAAAAAUUGAAAAUAAUUAUCUUGCUCGUAUUCCCAAACCACCACCAGGCUAUACUUUUUCCCAACGUCAACAAGAUGCACAACGUGAAUUUUUUGAAAAUUUUCAUCCACAACAUUAUCAGUUCUAUUUAACACUCGAUUUUUAUCGUGCAACUAUUGUUGCUGUUCUACCAUUACAAUGUUCAACAAUACUUCGGCAUCUGAUUGAGAUUUUAUUUGUUACUCAUGCUGAAACGAAAUUAAAUUGUUUUAAUUUAUUUACAGGUUCAACUGAUCUUUUAUAUGGUUUACCUUAUAGUCAAGGUAGAAUUUGGUGUGAAAAUUUAUUAAGUCCAUCAGUAGCUCGCUUUUUUCCAUCCAAUGAUACAACAACAUUUAUAAAAACGGAAAAAUAA